AUGGUACAGGAACAUAAUGGUGUCAAAAAGAGGCGGUUAGACGAUUCAGUCGAAAGAAUUGAAGAUUCGAGUGCUGUAGGCGUGGAAUUCCAGAUUCUACAGGGCUAUAGGAAUUUUGAAGAUGAGGUAGUGAAAGAUCGAGCUUCAGCAGCAAGAACAGGCGAUAUUGAUCUAGCUAUGCAACGUUUGGAUGAAGUUAAUGCAUUGUUUAAUCAGGCAGGUGGAUUAAAUUCCUCAGCUAAUACUUUAUAUGCACAGGACUCUCAUGCAGUAAUGAGCGUUAGUGAAUUAGCAAGCAUUAGUGUUCGGAAUUUGAAGUUAAAUAGCGCAGGAAAGGUACUAAAUGUAGAUGAUAUGAUAAAUGCUGCUAAGAGAUAUAUGUUGGAAGAUUAUUUUGAGAUCAAUCGCAUACCGAUGCCUUCGGCGGGACCUGAACCAACGGCUGGCGAUGAUAGCCAAGCUAACAAGAGCGAAGACGAUACCAGUGACCAGGAGGAAAAUGAGUUUCAUAAAUGUUCUCGUCAAUCUCAAAAAAAUGAGCUCCAAACAUCUUAUCUCGGGAACUUCGAGGAAUAUAGAGAGUUCUCGACUUUUAAUUGGUUAAAAAUGGGUACACUAUUCCAGAAUCUUAGUAAAAUGCCAGCAACCGUAGACCAUAUGCUAGGUCCACUGGCUAUUCAGAAAAAGCAGCGUGUGGUGACCCAGCGACGGGAGAUGGAAAGAGUUGGCCAAAAGAUUACUGCCGAGGCGGUUACCAAUGAUUCCCUUAAUGACAACCAGUCUGAGACAACACCUGAACAGGUAAAAAAAUGUUUCCAGGUGCUGAUGAGUAAGAAUGGAUACAAGAGAAUUAAUCUCUUUAAGUUCAUCAUAGAUCCUAACUCUUUUGCAAGGUCGAUAGAACACUUAUUUUACACUAGUUUCUUGAUAAAGGAAGGGAGGCUUGUACUAGAAGAUGAUGAGAACGGAUACCCUGCUGUAAGACCAAAGGAACCACUGCCGAGUAAUCCUAACGAAAAAGAGAUUGAACGACAGAGGAGAACUGAUGCACAGCAGAAGCACAUCAUAUUUCAAAUGGAUAUGCCAACAUGGAGGAAGUUGAUAGAUAAAUUUAAAAUUACAGAGUCUUUUUUACCUUGA